AUGGAUAUUAGAGGUAGAAAAAUGAGAAAGCCACCUGCUUGUGUGCAGUGUCGUAAGAGAAAGAUUGGUUGUGAUCGUGUGAAACCAAUCUGUGGUAACUGUAAUAAAGCUGGUAAGAGCGAUUGUUUCUAUCCUGAUGUUCCUGGUAGAUAUGUUCCUUCCAGUAGUUCAUACACUAGUACCAAACAACAUGUUGAUAGACCAGUUGGGAACUUGAUCAAUAAUUAUAAUUCAAUUCCACAUUCUAAAGAAGCUACAUCAAUUUUACAACAUAACCCUGAAUUAGCCUCUUUGGAACAAAUCAGAGAAUAUAAUACGCGUUUGCAAUUAUUGAGUCAAGAUCAAACUAGAGCAUCUCCGUCACCAAUGGAAAACGCUCAGUUUAUACCUAGAGCACAUACUAGUUUUGAGAAUAAACCUGUAUCGUCCGCCAAUGAAUCUGCACGUCAUUUAAAUUGGGUUCAAGGGCCUGCGAUCUUUGAUCAGAUGACUGCUCCUUACACACAAGAGGAAGUUAUGUUGAAAGAAAUGAAUUUCUUAAGGAAAAGAUUAUUAGAAUUACAAGAAAUUACCGGAAAGAAAGUAAACGGUGUGAAUUUAUCCUUUGAUGCUUCUUUAAGCAGGGCUAAUGAUUAUUCAUCAAGUGGUAAAGCUAAUAAUAAGAAGAGAAAGAUUGAUGAGAAAGCUACUGAUGGUAUAUCUGAAGCAGAUUUGAAGUUCAGCGAGAUUUUGAAUGAGUUUAAGGAUUUGGAUCCAAGAUUUUUGGAUUAUACAAAAGUAUUUUCAAUCUUUGGUUCUCAAAAUUUACCUUUAUCUGAUUUUGAAGAUACACCAAAUUCUAUCUACACUAAUCAUUUCUUAACUUUGAGAGAUAAUUUUUCAUAUAAUUUUAGAAAGACUUUUGCCUCAGUGAUUAAAAAUAAUUACGAAACCGAAUUAACUUUAUGGAAACGUAAAAAGAUAGGGCAUGCAAGUCUGAAUUUAUUAAAUGGUCCAGUAGAAGGCAAGACCACACAAAUUAAGUUCCCAUCUCGUGAAACAACACAAGCUAUGAUUACUAGAUUCACUUAUAUUGCUAAGGAUAUAAAUCUUUUGAUUCCAAUUUUGAAAACCAGAGAAUUGUAUAGUUCUAUUGAUCAAUCGUUUGGUCGUGAACCUGUCUUUGACCCAGCUACUUUAAACAUCGGCCAGUUGAUCACAUUUGGUCAAAUUUCUUUCAGUCUAUUGUUUACUUAUGAAUCGUUGGCCUCUUCGGUAUUAAUUAUCCUAAAGGAUGAACAAUUAGAAGGAUUUAAUCAAUUGAUAAAAUAUUUACCUCAAUUAUUGAAAAAUAUUAACGCGAUAAAAGCAGAAUUGGAUAAAAGAAAAGGAUCUCUUCAAACUGUUGAAACUUUGAAAUUCACUGCAUUGUAUAAAGCCUAUCAAACAAUUACAUCUUUAUCGUCUUCAGGUUCUGGUAAAGUAAACGAUUUUGUUGAUUUUGAUGAGGAUGUUCAUUUGGCUUUGCAUCUAGGUAUUAACGAUGAACAAAAAGAUGAAAAUAAUAUGCUAAUAUGGAAUUUUAUCUAUAAGAAUUAUUGUUGGAGACAUUCCUUUAAAGGUGAAGUCCCAAUUAUGAUGAUUGGUGAUAAAUUAAACACUGCACCAAUUGUUGAUACUUUGUUGAGUUCAGAUUAUUCUUUCCUAACUUAUCAAAUGGAGACUUUACAAUACUUACAAUCUAAGGAUCAAAUACUAUCUCUAGAGAAAGUGAUACGUAUUAAGGACAUUUUCAAAAGUAAAUUCGAUGCUCAAACAAAGAGAUGUGUGUUAUCGGGCUCUACCGCAAUUGCUGUCAAUAAUGUCAUUGACACUAUUAUUUACAGAAAGGGGAUGUUAUACAUGACAUAUUAUAUUCUAUUGCAAUACGAAGUGUUAAAGGACACAGAAAAAUUCAUUGAAAUAUACAAAGAAUUACUUCAAAUGAUUCAAGAUACAAUUUUUUACAUCUUCUCCAAUCUUGCAAAUAAGACAAUAGCAGGUUAUGAGUUUAUGUACAUGAAUAAGUUAUUCAUCACUUUAAGAUUGAUUUGCACACUAUUGGUGGCUCUUCAACAACGUAGCACGUUUGCAAUCGUAGAUAAAGAGAAGGAAAACAAAGAAAAACUUUUAAGAGAAAGUGGUGCCCAAGCAGAUUUGUUUACUACGAUUUUAAGAAAAUUGUUGAUGUUACUCGAAGAUUACACCAAGAAUUGUAAAGUUAAUAAUUCCAUAGUGGCAAGCACUAUCACUAUGAUACAAACAUCGAUAGCUUUUAUUUCAUUGGGAGAUGAUCCAGUAGAAGGAGAGGAUGUUUCUGAUGACAUUAAGACAAAGAAGGCGACUCUUGUUGAAGAAAGUAAAAAAACGUUACAAAGUGCAGCGAACUGCUUCGAAAACUUUGGUGUUGAUGAUUUCAUCAAAUUUAAUAUUACAUUGAAAAACAUCUCUGAAUCAUUAAUUGUCAAUGAUUUUUAUACAAAACGUGAUCGUUUUGUCUCUUCUAAUCCAGAGACCCUUGGUAUCAAUGUUGAAACCUUUGACAUGAUAUACGAUGCAAUGGAAUAA